AGGGCAAAUUCUAAACAUUAUUAAGGGGGGAUUUCAAUAACUAGAACUGGAGGGGCGCAAAUAUUAGACAAAUGUGGUACAAGUGAUAUUAUCGAUAAGAAUUCGUCCGCCACAAAAACCCUCCCAUUUCCCCUCUUCACUCUACUUUUUACUUCUCCCUCCGUUCUUCUCGCAGCGGCUAGGGUUCUUAGACUUCUUACCCGACUUAGAUCCAAGAAAUUCAAGAUGAAUGUAGAAAAGCUACAAAAGAUGGCUGGUUCAGUCAGGACAGGUGGAAAGGGAACCAUGAGGAGAAAGAAGAAGGCAGUUCACAAGGCAAAUACAAAUGAUGACAAACGGCUUCAGAGCACGCUGAAGAGAAUAGGUGUGAAUGCCAUUCCUGCGAUUGAGGAGUUAAACAUUUUCAAGGAGGAUGCAGUAAUCCAGUUCCUUAAUCCCAAAGUUCAAGCCUCAAUUGCUGCAAAUACCUGGGUUGUCAGUGGUUCUCCUCAAACCAAAAAGUUGCAGGAUAUUCUUCCUCAAAUCAUUCACCAAUUGGGUCCUGAUAACUUGGAACACUUGAAGAAGUUGGCUGAACAGUUCCAGAACCAGGCAUCUGGUGCUGCUGCAGGUUUAGCCGAUGGUGCUGCUGUGGCACAAGAUGAUGAUGAUGAUGUCCCCCAACUUGUGCCUGGUGAAACUUUUGAAGCUGCUGCUGAGGAUCACAACUAAAACGUUUCUUAAAUUUUGUGCGAUCUUUGGGUUUUCAAAUCUUUCCAAAUCUGUGUUAUCCUUAGUUGGAUGCUCAAUGUGAUAUCUCUUGUGUCUUGUUAAACAUUUGUGCAUUUAUUAGUGUUUUACCCUUUUCCAAUACAGAGUUCUCCUAUGU